UGUGUGUGUCUCUGUGUCUGUCUGUCUGUGUGUGUGAGAGAGUCACUGGGAAAGGGCGGACGGCAGUCGCUCUGCCUCAGGAGCUGACGAUGGGAGACCGGGACAGGAAUAAGAAGAUUUUACUGGAGUUGCUGAAAGAGGGAGAGAAUAGUCGCUGCGCGGACUGUGGGACAGCAGAUCCUGACUGGGCGUCUUACACAAUUGGAGUGUUCAUCUGCUUGAACUGUUCAGGGAUACAUCGGAACCUCUCAGGAAUCAGCAGAGUCAAAUCUAUCCGGCUGGAUUUCUGGGAUGAUGAUUUAGUUGAGCAAAUGAGAAGUCAUGGUAACUGGAUGGCGAGGAAACACUAUGAAGCAAAUGUUCCUCCUUUCUACUACAAGCCUCAGGCUUCAGAUUGUGUAGUUCUGAAGGAGCAGUGGAUUCGAGCCAAAUAUGAGCGGGAGGAGUUCACUGACAUUGUCACUGAGCAACGGGAAUCCCCCAUAUCAGGUGACCGUGUCGGUUAUCUCUGGAAACGGGGAAAAGACAAAGGAAAUUUUCAGAAGCGGAGUUUCCGGCUUUUGGAGAAAGAGGGUGUUAUCCAAUACUACGCUAAGGAGGAGGAUAAAGAGCCAAAAGGAGUCAUUCACGUGUCAGAGCUUAAUGCCACAUUCCAGCCAGAAAAAAUUGGCAAUCCAAAUGGGCUGCAAAUCACCUACCUGAAAGAUGGGCGUACCAGGAGUAUGUUUGUCUACCACAAAAACGGCAAGGACAUUGUGGAUUGGUUCAAUGCAAUCAGGGCAGCCCGUUUCAGAUAUCUGAAAAAUGCUUUCCCUACAACCAGUGACACAGAGCUCAUACCAAAAUUAACGAGAAAUUAUUUAAAGGAGGGAUAUAUGGAGAAAACUGGCCCCACGCAAAAGGAACCUUUUAAGAGAAGAUGGUUCACACUGGAUAUUCAGGAUCGUAAACUGCUGUACUUUAAGGAACCGCUGGAUGCCUAUGCACAAGGCGAGGUGUUCAUUGGGCAUUCACAGUAUGGGUAUAAUAUUCUGGAGGGCCUCCCACCCGGUGUGAAAGGCAAUAAAUGGAACUUGGGGAUAACGAUUGAGACGCCAGAGCGGAAGUUUGUAUUUACCUGCAAAGAUGCUCAGGAUCUCAAGGAAUGGAUUGUAGCUUUCAAAGAAGUGAUAUUCAAGCCAAUGUGCUCCCAAGAUUACACAGUUGAGGCCUCUUUAAGACGGAAGCAGAGGUGAUGAUAACUCAAAAAAAGUGGUGGCCAGACUCCGAACAGGGCAUUCCAUUCAGAAGAUAGUCUGCAAAUAGUAAGGGGGAGGCACUCUUCAUUUGGAUAAUCCCCAUUUGCUCUGAACAGACAUUGAACAAACAUGAACGCUGGUUAACACACAAUGUCUGUUACAUUCUGGGCUUUGAACACAGAUACUCAAGCCCAAGGAAAGCUAUUACUCCUGUAUCAGUGUUCCAACUUGUCCAUCGGGCACUCUGCCAACAUCUGGUCCUACUGAAAGCACCCAUUACAAUUCAGUUACUCAAGUACCAACAGUUCAUGAAGUGUUGUAACUAUAGCUGUACAUCCUGCAGAUCAGGAACAGAAUCAGCAAGAUUUCUGGGAGGCAUUCUUCUGUACCAAAAAAUUUGGAGUACAAGAAAACCAGAAGUGAAACCCCAAUGCCAUUAUUUCAGAGUCUGCUGACACUCCCGGUUUUGGACAAUACGGAUAUUUGCUGCAUCAUAAACCCAUGUGCCAGAAUCCAUAGAGGAGGAAACUGGGAAAUGAACAAUUCUUCACCACCUUCUGUUUUAUUGGGUGGGGAUCUUAGUGUGCAGCCUCUGAAUAGAUACAUUCUGGAAUUAUAAAACACUACAGUCAGGAGUUUCCAUGUGCAGUGUUUGCUUCUGAUGAAAAAUGGGCUACAUUGUACAUUAGUAAAAUGAUUCCUUCAGGAGCUUUCCACAAUAAUUGUGGUUCCCCACAGACAGACUAGGGGCCAUACUGCUAUUUGAAAUGAAAUUGGGGACCCACAGUCUGUAGGGCUCCAUCUCUGUAAAAUGUGAAACAUUUUUAAAACAGAAUAAUUUGAUUAUUCAUUCUGGUUACUCUUUGUUCUUUAUGAAUGUAAUAAAGAGAAUUCCAAACAAAA